AUGCCAUUGUACGAAUUGGUGUACCUCGUGAAUCCAAAGGCUGCUCUACCAACAGUCGCCCAAGUCAUGAAGAGAAAUGCUCAAGUUGUUUUUGAAAAUAAGGGAGUAAUCCGUCGUCUUGAUAAUAUGGGUAUUUUACCUCUUGCCUAUCCGAUGUAUAGACACAGAGAAAAACAUUUCAAGGGAAGAUGGGUCAUGAUGUUGUUCGAUGCCUCACCAACUUGUGUUAAAGAACUCAAUGAACAAAUGAGAAAGGACCAACAAAUAUUCCGUUGGGCUUGCUACAAACAAAAGGAUCAAUUCAGACAAGUUUACGAAGAACAAACAAUUCAUGAGGAUAUGUACCAAGGAGAAGAUAUGCUUCUUACACCACAAAAUAAUGCUACACUCGAAUCUAAGACUAUUACAUCUCAAACGAUAAUGAGCAAUAACGUUCAUGAAGAUGAAUUGCUCAUCCAAAGUAUUUUGAACGAAGAAACUUCUAAACUUGCAUCAUCGCAAAACAUAUAA